AUGUCAAAUGAAAUAAAAUCAUGGACAUCUCUGAGAUCACAUUUAAUAUCAUUAGAAUCACAAACAGAAAGUCUUUUUUUAGAGUUUAUAACAACAUCUUUAGAUUCUAAAACAUUAGAUUUUAAAGAACGUAUUGAAGAUCUUUUUAACAAAAGAGAAGCAAGUAUUUCAUCACUCUCACGUCUUUUAAAUCCUGAUUAUGGAGGAGAUACUAUUAAACUCCAUCAUGUACAACGACAUAAAGAAAUACUACAAAAACACAUGAAAGAAUUUCAAAAAAUGAAUAAGAAAAAAGAAAUAGAAUGCAGUUAUUCUGAGUUAAAGUUGACUAAAAAUAAUACAAAGAAACAUGGAAACACAAUAGAAGAUUCUGAAUCAGAUUAUUUUCUUCGUGAAUCAAGUAGAUUAGAUAAUUCACAUAAUAUGGCAGAUCAAAUUCUUUUACAAGCCUCUGCUACACGGGAUGAUUUUCAGCAGCAAAAAUACAUACUUGAUAAUAUGAAUCAAAGAUUAUCUAGAACAAUAAGUCAUAUUCCUGGAAUCAAUCUUCUUAUCUCGAAAAUAAACACAAAAAGGAAAAGAAACAAUUUAAUUUUAUCAUUUGUUAUUUCAACAUGCAUAAUUAUAACAUAUUUUAUAAUGUAA